AUGUCCUCUUCGAUCCAUCCCCUCUACAUCAAUCCCAACGCAAGAUCUUGCAAUCCCCAGGCGGGCUCUCCCCGUCCUCUCCGCAUCCGCCAAUUCCACCAGUCGCUCCCCUCCUACUCCCCAUCACCACUAGUUCCCUUGAGCAAUCUUGCCAAAUCCCUCGGCGUUAAGGGAAUCUUCAUCAAGGAUGAAAGCAGCCGGUUUGGCCUUCCCUCCUUUAAAAUCCUAGGAGCGUCAUGGGGAACAUUCCGCGCUUUGGUGGACUUUCUUCAAUUCCCGCUCGAAGCGGCUUUGCAGGAGCUUGCCAACGCGGCCCAAGCAAAAAGUAUCAAGCUCUUUGCAGCCACAGACGGGAAUCAUGGACGGGCCGUGGCCAGGAUGGCGAAGCUAUUGGGCAUCCAUUCGCAGAUCUAUGUUCCUGAAUGUCUAGGCCAGUACACCAGGGACCUCAUUGCGAGCGAGGAAGGGUGUACCGUCAUUGUUGUCGACGGUGACUACGACAUGGCUGUCCACACAGCAAAUGAACAAGCAAAGCGAUGUCCCAACGGGAUCUUGAUCCAGGAUACGUCGUUUACAGGCUAUGAGACCAUACCCGCCUGGAUCGUCGAGGGCUACUCAACGAUGUUGGAGGAGAUCGAUUCCCAGCUUGCACACCAAUCUCUCACCCCGACACUUGUCAUCACCCCUGUUGGAGUAGGCUCCCUUGCUCACGCUGUCGUCUCCCAUUGCAAAGCCGCAGACCCACCGGUAUCCGUCCUAACCGUUGAACCGGACACCGCCGCGUGUCUACACACCAGCCUCAUCGCAGGCAAGAUGACACCAUUCAAAACAACAGGGACUAUCAUGAACGGCCUCGACUGCGGCACCGUCUCCCUAACGGCCUGGCCGACACUUCGUGAUGGAGUCAAUGCUAGCACCACGGUGUCCGAUCUCGACUCCCAUCGGGCCGUAGAGGAUCUGGCCUCCCAGGGAAUCCACCUAGGUCCAUGCGGCGCGGCGGGGCUCGCGGCGCUUCAGCGCAUUGCGGCUGAUAAUCCAGGUUGUCUUGGUUUGGGACCUGAUUGUGUUGUCGUGAUUCUAGGGACGGAGGGAACGCGACCAUACCCGGUUCCUAUUCCUGUUGAUAACUGA